AUGAGCAAUUGCUUUGAAUUACAAAAGAACAAACUCAUCUGGAAUGGCGACUUAAGCGAAUUAAAGUCCUACGUCGCAGAAAAGUUAAACAUAAAUGGUAAAUGGAAAUCACCGUCAGGUGGACGCUGGUUAUUUACUAGCGAUGCUUUGUCUAUAACCUGGUAUUGUAAAAGCAAAACUGUCUUAUUUCAAGGUCCUCGUGGCAGCGAAGUGGCUGACUCUUUGAAGAAAAAUAUCGAUGCAUUGCGAAUUGCAAUAGUGAAAGAUGCCGAGCUAAUCAUUGCUACCCCUGCUGUUUCCGAAAGACGGAAUGAAUCUAUCGAUAAUCAGUGUAGUCUCAGUAUUAACAAUUCUAACUCGAACAUGUUUGACAGAUCUAGUAAUACAACAACAACUAUCAACCGAAGCGACUCGGAUGCUAGCGAAGGAAAAGCAAAUGAGCAAGAAAUGUGUUCACACAAGCAGAACGAAGGCGAUUAUAUAAUGAAUUGCAAAGACUGUAGUAAAUUAUCUGUAGAAGUAGCAGAAAUUAAAUUGGACUUGGCAUUAUUAUUCCUAAAAGUUAAUACUGCUGAAGCUCCCGCUACAUGUGAAUGCAAUCGGCUACGAAACGAAAAUCAGCUAUUGAAACAAGAAAUUAAAUUACUCAAGGAAACACUGCACGGCAAGGAAUUGUCAAAAUCGCCAAUUAACAUUGCUAUCGAUAAUAUGAAUAAUCAACCAACCAUCACUGACAAUGACUCUGUUAUACUAAUUGAUAUAGAAGAAUCUGAAGUUAACGUAAACACUAAUAUGAAUAAUUUACCAUCUGCGACAUACAAAGAGAAACAAUAUAAUACCCGAGGGCCAGUUGUUAAUGACUCUCUUAUGAAAUAUAGAAAUCCCAAUAAACCAGUCGUGCAAGACUCCCUGACCUCAUUCGACCAUCUCCUAAAAGAAAAGGCCGCCUUAAACGCCAACAUGCAUCGUCAUAAGAGGAAUCAAGUGCAUAAUUCUCCAACUAACA